GACUGCGGACACAGUACAGGAGAUGACCAGAGACUGCGGACACAGUACAGGAGAUAACCAGAGACUGCAGACAUAGUACAGAUGACCAGAGACUACGGACAUAGUACAGGAGGUGACCAGAGACUGCGGACAGUACAGGAGAUGACCAGAGACUGCGGACACAGUACAGGAGAUGACCAGAGACUGCAGACAGUGCAGGAGAUGACCAGAGACUGCGGACAGUACAGGAGAUGACCAGAGAAAGCAGACAGUACAAGAGAUGACCAGAGACUGCGGGCCUUUAGGGAGGGAGGGGGAGCAAAUGCCGGCACAGGAAGAAGCCAGCGCAGGAAGACUGCAGCGCUGGAGCGAGGAACAGGUAAGGUCCUGCAGCAGAGAACAGCUGAGCGGCCAGCCCAGUAUUCUGACAUGGUGGCAGUGGAAAUACCGGACCGGCCGCUUUACA